CAAGGUUUGAACUGGUAAAAAAGAAGCGCUAGCAGAUGGCGACAUCUAGCAACUCCCGCUAGUUGAGUCAUCGGUUAGGGAGUUUCUCUGCCGCUUGGUCGCCUGGCAGUUGAGCUUUGGAUUUCAGAGAGCAGUUGUACAGUGGUUAAGCUAUACCCACUCUUGACCCAGCACCACCAUGAGCACUGAAACCCAUCUCAAGGACUUGCCCAAGGUAGACACUGCCCUUAAGGGACAGCUGGAGGCCUUCACCCCAGACAAAUUGAAGAAGAUCGACACAGAGGAGAAGGUCACACUACCCACCAAGGAUGACGUGGAGCAGGAGAAGCAACACCUAGAACUCGUCGACAACAUCAAACAGUUUCGCAGUGAUAAACUGAAGCGUACCUCGACCUCGGAGAAGAUCGUCCUCCCUACUCCUGAAGACGUGGAAGCAGAGAAACAGGCAAUAGCUCAUCUUCAGGCUGUCGAGGGCUUCAAUGCAGCCAACUUGAAGCAUGCAAAUACCCAGGAAAAAGUUGUUUUACCGGCAAAGGAAGAUAUUGAAACGGAACGAACACACCAGAGCAUAUUCCAGGGAGUAACAGGUUUUGAUAAGACAUCUAUGCGACAUGCAGAAACACAGGAAAAAAUUGCCCUACCAGCCAAAGAAGAUAUCGAGACAGAGAAGACACACCAGAGCAUAUUCCAGGGAGUAACGGGAUUUGACAAAUCCCAAAUGCGACAUGCCGAGACCGAAGAAAAGGUCGCCCUACCUGCCAAAGAAGAUAUUGAAACAGAAAAAACACACCAAAGAAUUUUCGAGAGAAUUACUUCAUUUGAUAAGUCCAGCAUGAGGCAGGUGUCUACUGAAGAAAAGGUUGUCCUCCCUUCUACUGAAGAUAUUCAGAUCGAGCGAGCUCAUCAGGGUAUAUUUGAGCGUUUGGUUUCCUUCGACAAAAGUGAGAUGAAGCAUACAGACACACAAGAGAGAUGUGUUUUGCCCACUAAAGCAGAUAUUGUUGCCGAAAAGGGUCAACAGGCUCUCCGUCAGGGUAUUGAGGGCUUCAAUCCUUCUGCUCUGAAAAGGACCGAGACCCAGGAAAAGAACAAACUCCCUACUAAGGAAGAGAUUGAGCAGGAGAAGAAAGCCUAAUAAGGAAUGCGACAGCAGUUAUGAGUGUUGCGCGUCCAAGUGAUAUCCUUCUCCCCGCUCUCCCUAGAACUUCCUUUGGAGUUCUGCAAGCCAAAAUGUUUUGUACUUUGAUAAUCUAAGUAUAUAGGUAAAAAACGACUGAUUUUGUAACCUGAUAUCAUAUACUAUUCUUUGAGUCAUUAUUUUUGCUUUAAGAUAAGAACAAGGUGCUGAUUGAUAGCAAGGCGUUGGCAAGAAAGUUUUAGGGCAAUUAGAUGGAAUAUUUUAUUGCUUUUGCACACCCUUCAAUUAAAUGUCAGCGAUGCUAGUGGACCAAAAUUUCACCUUGCUUUCGUCUUGUAUGUAGAAGGUAGAGGUCUCCCAUACAGGUACUGGAAAACUGCCAAAAGAUACAAGAGUUCUUAUAAUUUUGAAGGAAAGCAAGUCUGAUAAUCCUGUUCUUGAAAGUUACUUAACAUUUAAUUGUUAGCAUUUACAGACGUCAAAUAUCUAAGACUUGAUAAGUUUGUUUUCAAAAUUAUUUUUGCUUUUUGGGGCAUCCAAAUAUAUGUGAUUUUGGGAGUCAAUAAAAUGCUUUUGUA